CACAGACCAACAACACAGACCAACAACACAGUCUGUGUGUCAACAGCUUCAGGAACUUCAGAUCCAUUUCUCUGGACCUCUUUCUGGGUUGACCAGGACUUUAAAACACAGACAGUUUCUGUAGUCAUCACAUCAAAAAGCUUCAGGAAAUUCAGAUCCAUUUCUCUGGACCACUUUGACCAGGAAUUUAAAAACACAGAAAACUCACAAGGUGCUCCAUCCUCAACUCCUGGGAAGCCGUUACCAUGGCAACGAACACAUCCAAAUAUGACAACAUCAAGAAAGUUCUUAUCCAAUCAGGAUCUCCUACUGUGUAUCGGCUGAUACCAAGGACAGAGAACAUCCUACCUCUGAGAGCAAAAAACGUGGACCUUCAACAUCUGACAACAGAGAAAGAGAAGAUUGGAUCUCUGACAAGAAUGACUCUUGGUGAAAAAAAUCCAAACAAGAUAAACAAAACCAUCUUACUUGUUGGUGAAACAGGAACAGGAAAAUCUACUCUGAUCAACGCUCUGGUCAACUACGCCAUGGGAGUGGAGUGGGAGGAUGAUGUCUGGUUUCAGAUCAUAGAGGACGAGAAGAGAAGUCAAUCAGAAAGUCAGACAUCAGAUGUGAUCGUGUAUCAGAUCUUUGGGUUUGAAGAUAAAACUCUGCCCUACUCUCUGACCAUCAUCGAUACUCCUGGAUACGGAGACACCAGAGGGCUCGAACUUGAUGACAUUGUCAGUCAAAGAUUAUUAGACCUGUUUCACUCAAAGGAUGGAGUUAAUGAGAUUAAUGCAGUGGGUCUGGUGAUGAAAGCGAGUGAGAAUCGACUGAGUGACCGACUGAGGUACAUCUUUGAUUCAGUGAUCUCUCUGUUUGGAAAAGACCUAGAGAAGAACAUUGUCGCCCUCAUCACACACUCAAAUGGUCUGACACCUGAAAAUGUUCUGAAAGCUCUCGAGGCUGCAAACAUUAAAUGUGCCAAAGAUGAGGUGAAUGAGACUGUUCACUUCCUGUUUGAUAACUGCCAGAGCACACAGAAAACAAAGAAAAAUAAGAUUGCUCUAAAAGGUGCAUGGGAAAUAACAAAGGACCAAAUUGGUCAAUUCACUGAUUUCCUGACAGAAAAUUCUCCUCAAAAACUGGAGACAACUGUUGAAGUGUUGAAAUCACGCAUCAGACUGACAGCCUGCAUCCAAGAUGCACAAGAGAGAAUUAAGUUUAUUGAUCUAAAACAGACAGAAAUCCUACAGAUUCAACAGCUUCUGAACAAACAUAAAGAAGAGAUGAAGAACAAUGAGAAGUUCACUGUAGAAGUUGAUGAGCCAUACAUAGACACAGAACGUAUCAACGGUGGGACGUGGGGGUUAUGGUUCUAUGAAGGAGCUGUCUGCUGCAAAGCGUGUCAGAGGAACUGUCACUAUCCUGAAUGCACAGUGGCCUGGUAUCCAAGAGACUGCGUGGUCAUGAGUGGUGGCCGCUGCACUGUAUGUCGUUGUUCUGUAUCAGCUCAUGUCAAAGAAGAGUGGAAGUAUGUGAACAAGACAAGAAAAGUUAAAAAGACCCUGCAAGAUAUUAAGGAGAAGUAUGAAAAGAACAAGGCAGAAAGUGAGAACAAGUUGAGCGUUUUGGAAAAUCUUCAGAAGGAGAUGGAAGAACUUCAGAAAGAAAAAGAUCAGGUUUUGGAAGAGACCUUUGAGCAUGUUGUCAAACUGGAGCAGAUCGCCCUGAAUGUUAAUUCAGUGUCUAUUUAUGACAACUUGGACUUCCUGAUUGAGAAGAUGAAGGAGAAAGGAGACACAGAGAGGAAGAGGAAACUGGAAGAGAUAAAAAGUCGAAUGGAUAAAGAUAAAGGAAUUAAAGCAGCGCAGCGCUACGGGUUUGGUCAACUAACAGCAGCUGGUAAAGAAAAGAAGUAGUGAUGAACUAGAAUCACUGUGAGGAGACAGCUGUGUAUUAAACAAGGUCUACACUGAUGAUCAAAUGUGUUUCAUUACAGUUUUAUUAAGUAUUAAGUGUGAUGUUUAUAACAAAAUAAAAAUGUAAUCACCUUUUAUAUGUUAAAUGUGUCAUUCCUGGAAACAGUGCUCUCUGUGGUGUAAUGACUGUUUCUGUUUGUUCUUGUAGUUUAAUGUUUAAUCACCAAAAGUUACUUCACUGAACAGAUUAGACAAUCGCUCUGGUUUUAAAUGCAGUGAGGCACUUCACACUUCAGCCAUGAAAUAUAAUCAAUAUAUGUGAUCAUAUAUUAUAUACCCUUGUGUCUUCAUGUGUAGUCAUACCUCAUGACUAGUUAUAAUAUUUCAGAAGACCCUGGCCAUGUGGAAACAUGUUGAUCAUUUUAUGUUGUACUUUAAUUUUUUUUUGAUUUUGAGUGAUUCAAUGUAUUUACAGAAUAUAUUGGGACCAGAGGGUAGUGUGAGUGGUGACUGGUAGCUGGAGAGGUACCAGUCAUCCUCCUGGAAACUACCUAACUGAUCGCUGUGCUGUGCAUGAUAAUCCAUAUCAACACAUUUCUAUAUGUUUCUCUUUGUGUGGAAAUGAAGCAAAAUAACGACAAUGAAAAAAAAAAAAAAACUUCAUUAUAUUCUGUUGCUCAUCAUGAAAUCAUCCUGACUGAUGCAGUUUUCUGUCAAAUAUUAUUAAAGUUUCUGCUUGAAAUGAG